CGAGCCUCUUUAUUACCGGAAGUGACAAAGAGGCUGGGGAAGUGACUGUAAAUGUGCUCUUACUUUUUUUUCUCCCGGAAACGGCAAAGCGUUAGAUACCUUCUGUUUUCGCAAAUUAUGUAUAAGCUAAAUUAAUUAUUUCGGGACAACAUGAUCAUCGGAUUCUGUUUCAUCAUUGUGUUUGCGGUGCUGAUAAACAAAGUCUCUCUGCAGCUCACAGUAGAGGUCACAGUAGAGGGUUUCAUCGGUGGUUCUGUUCUCCUGCCGUGUUCUUCAACUCAACAUGAUCUUAAACUUCAAGACACUGAUGUGUUUUGGAGGAACAAAGACAAAGAGAAUAUUUGUGAUUUAAUCAAAGGUACAGAAUCUUUAGAGUCACAGGACCCACGGUAUAAGAAUAGAGUGCAAACUUUCCCUGACGAGUAUAAGAGAGGAAACUUCUCCAUCAAACUAAGCGAUCUCACUCACGCUGAUGCAGGAGAGUUCAACUGCUUCAUCACACCCUCAGAUGAACAGGAGACUGUACAACUGAUCAUCAAAAGUGGUCCCACCCCACCCCCACCCCCCACAGAAUCAACAGAUCAAGAAAACCAUGGACCAGAAACACAAAUAUUAGACUGGUGGAAGAUAUUACUGAUCUGUGUUUUUACUCUAUUACCUGUUUUCGGUUUGUCCUAUUUCAUAUUUCAGCAGAGAAAAAGAACUCAGGCUCCCAUAUAGAAAGAACAGUAGUGAACUUAAAGUUGCAUUAGCCUCACUUUCUCAUUUUCUAACUUUAUCGCACCUUUAAUGUUACUUUUAGUCAAAUUUGUCCCGCUUUCAUUGUUUCUUUCUGGUGUAUAAUACUGCUAAGGCCUCUUGCACCUCAUGUGUUAGCAGUGGAUGUUCUCUGGCAUCCAUUGUAACUAAUGUUCUCAUCAGAAGUGUUACUGGCAUGUCUUGCAAAAUCACAUUUUAUGUUGCAGUUUCAGUGAAGCACAUCUGAUGCUGUGCUCCCCUUACAGUGUGAAACAAGCAUUACACUGUUUUGUGCUGUGAUAUUCUUUGUGUUGACAUGUAUAAAUGGUAUCCUCUCAUUUGUAUUUGUAUUUUUGUUGUUGUUUUUUUGGACAGGCAAUCCAGUCACACUGUGAAAUGUCAUGUGACCUAAUCAGUGACUGAAUGAAUGCACGUGUGUUUUUUUUUUUUUUCUGUUUUAAUAAAAAUGCACCAGUCAGAGCGACUGUGCGGUUGGUAAA